AUGGUGGUGGGCACAGGCCAAGGAUGUGGCUGGGAGUGUCUAGCCAAACUAUGCACACAGGCGGGCAAUGGAGUGAUGGUCGCUAGGACUGCGGGAUGGAGCAGCGAGUCUUUUCGGCAGCUUCCACUGCGACUGAGCAGCCCCACACUGCUCACCCCUGUGAUGGGGAAGGACCUGGAAAAGGUGGUCCAAAAAUUGUCUGCUCCCUACACUCCGGACGGAACACUGCUGGACCUGGUCGAAACCCCGGACAGGCCCCACCGCAGGACAGCACUGGUGGCCCUGGAGCUUGCAAGAUAUGAUAUCGAUAUUGCUGCUCUCAGCGAGACCAGACUACAUGGGGAGGACUCCUUGACAGAGGUUGGUGCUUGGUACACCUUCUUCUGGAAGGGGGUCCCCGAAGGCAUUCGUCGUAAUCAUGGAGUUGGCUUUGCUGUAAAGUCUAAACUGCUGCAGCGCAUUCCGGAAACCCCUAUCGGCAUCAAUGAAAGAUUGAUGACAUGGCGCAUUCCCCUGGCAAAGGAACGAUUCGCCACUCUCAUUAGUGCAUAUGCUCCAACUCUUGAUGCCGAGUACAACAUCAAAGAGGAUUUCUAUAGAGUUCUUGAUGCCAUCCUACAGAAAACCCCAGCUACAGACAGAAUCAUACUCAUGGGAGACUUCAAUGCUAGAGUGGGUUCGGAGCAUAUGGUAUGGAGUAAAGUCAUCGGCCAGCAUGGUGUGGGGAAAAUGAACCGCAACGGGCUCAGACUCCUCUCUCUCUGUGCAGAGCACCAGCUGGUCAUCACUAACACCAUUUUCCAGAUGAAGAACAGGCUCAAGACCACCUGGCAGCACCCCCGCUCAAAACACUGGCAUCUCCUGGAUUACGUGAUUGUCCGUCAAAAGGAUAGACGAGAUGUCCUUACCACUCGUGUUAUGCGCGGAGCUGAGUGCUGGACUGACCAUCUCAUGGUCAGAUCCAAAUUACUCAUGAGUAUUCAACCUCGUGUUCCGAGGCGAGCCCCAAACAAGAAACUAAACUGCACAGCUUUGAACAACCUCACCAUCAAAGACAACCUCCGAUGGCUCCUUGCUGAAAACCUCAACAUGAUCCCGGAGGAAUCAGCCGAUUGGCCAGCUCUACGCCAGGCUAUUCAUAACGCUGCUUCAGAAGCGCUUGGCCAAUCAAGGAAACAUCACCAGGACUGGUUUGACUGCAACUCAGCUGAGAUACAGUCACUUCUUAAAACCAAGCAUGAAGCCCAUAAAGCUCUCUUGUCCUGCCCUGGAUCUCCUACCCAUAAAGCCACCUUCACUGCUGCAAGAGCAAAACCCAGUGAGCCCUUCGGACUAUGGAGAACAUCUGGUGGAAUCUCUUCAAACCACACCAACCCUGUUGACCAACACAUCCUGGAUAAUCUGCCAGACUUGCCACCAACCAUGCACCUGGAUACUCCACCACUUUUCUCAGAACUCCGGCAAGCUAUUUCAGGGCUGAAAAACAACAAAAGCGCUGGACCCGAUGGAAUCCCUGCAGAGGUUUUCAAACAUGGAGGAUACAUCCUCACGCGUCGCCUGCACCUCCUGAUUCAAAACAUCUGGGAACAUGGGACCCUCCCACAGGACUGGAAGGAUGCUAACAUUGUUGUCAUAUACAAGCAGAAAGGAGACAGACCAGUCUGUGGCAACAGCCGUGGGAUAUCUCUCCUCUCCAUCGCAGGGAAAGUACUGGCCAAGAUCAUGCUCAGCAGACUGGUUGAGCACAUCUCGGAAACUGUGCUUCCGGAAACGCAGUGUGGCUUCCGGAAGACCAGAUCCACAACAGACAUGGUUUUUGUCUUGAGGCAGCUGCUGGAGAAGAGUCGAGAGCAUCACAAAGACCUUUUCGUAGCCUUCAUCGAUCUCAGCAAAGCCUUUGACACCAUCAACCGUGAGUUGCUCUGGAAACACCUAUCCAAAAUUGGGGUACCACCCAAGUUUCUCAGCAUCCUACAGCAGCUGCAUGACGGGAUGCAAGCCAGAGUCCUCAUGGGAGAACUCCAAUCAGAGUCUUUCGGGGUAAACGUUGGGGUGAAGCAAGGCUGUGUCUUGGCUCCGAUGCUCUUUAACAUCCUCCUCUCUGCCCUCACAUGCCUUUUCCACCGUGUCCUGGGACAUGAAGACGGUGUCCAUGUGGAAUACCGACUUGACGGAAGCCUCUUCAACAUUCGUCGGCUCCAAGCUCACACAAAGACAAAGAUCCGCCAGAUCUGUGAGCUUCAGUAUGCUGAUGACUGUGCAAUCUUAGCCCACAGCCCAGACUCUAUGCAGUACGCCCUUAACAUAAUAUCCAGUCUGUACCAAUCUUUCGGCCUACAGGUUAACACUCAAAAAGACCGAGGUCAUGUUCCAUCUCACCACCCCCGUUCCCGCACCCCCCAGUUUUCACAUAAAUGGUGUCCCACUUAAAUCAGUGGACCACUUCACCUACCUCGGCUCCACUCUGUCCUCAAGCAGCUCCCUUGAUACAGAAAUACACACUCGGAUAAAUAAAGCCUCAUCAUCUUUUGGACGCCUACGCAGCAGGGUCUUUGAAAAUCGUAACCUGAAGGUCAGUACCAAGGUUGCUGUUUACAAUGCGGUAUGUCUCUCCACUCUUCUUUAUGGGGCAGAGUCAUGGACCCCAUACCGCCAGCACAUCAUCCACCUAGAGGCCUUCCAUAUUCGCUGCUUACAAAAAAUCCUCAGCUUGUCCUGGAAAGAUCGAAUCCCCCAAACAGUCAUCCUCAGCAACACCGACUCAAUCUGUAUGGAAGCUGCUGUGGC